CUCAAGUGAUCCGGCGCAUAUAUGUAUGCCGUGUGCGGCGCCAUGUCGGGAGCGUUGAGCCUCAUGGAAGGUCAGCAGUGGUUGAAGGAGUCGUCUCCCAGAGAGUCAUCUCCCUCCAGAUCUUCCUCGGGAUGGUUUGGGCUCCUAGAAGACUGGACGGAUCAAGAUGACCUGGAUGACCUGCCGGAUCCGGAUGACAAAGCUGGCCAGGAGCUGAGCUUGCACGACCUGGGAAGCUGCGAGCCGUGUGUCCUCUCAAGCUCCGUGCGGGGCUGUUUGAAGGGUGAGGCUUGUCCGUAUUGCCACGAGUCCCACGCAGACAAGAUGUCCGCACAUCGCCCGCGCAAGCAAACCAGGGACAAGUUCAAGCAGUCCGUGAAGGAGUUGCUGGCGGCCCACAAGGGCGACGUGGAGGAGAUCCACGAGAAGUUGCAGGAUGAGGCCAGGAAGAGCCCCUACGUGAGGAAGCUGUUACAGGGCUACCUCGACGGGGCUGACAGCGACUUCCUCUUCUUCACGCCGCCGGGGCUGUCUCCGCCGCCGGCCGCGCAGGCAGCGCUGGCGUCGCCGGCGGCCGCGCGGGCGGCGCCGCCAGGGCUGGUGGCACAGCCAGCGCUGGCGGCGCCUGCGCCCUUGGCGACGGUGCCGGAAGGCCCACAUCAGCUUGGCCACGCGGGUGUUCAGUCGCCCGUUCCCUUUGGCCACUUCUCGCGCUGGUGCCUCGCGGGCUGAGCGGAAGCAUGCGGGGCUGUGGGUCAAAAAUCGGGUAACCCCAAAAUGGCUUGCCCUG